AUGAAGAACUUCAUCGCCGCCAGCGCUGUCCUGGCUGCUUCCAUCUCUGGAGUUGCUGCCGACCUUUGCAGCAAGGGUUCCGUCGACGACAAUGGCAACUGGUAUUGCCAGGCCGUCGACUCUAUCACCUACACUGGAAUGAUGGGCAAGGGCUCUUACAACAAGAUUACCAACAUGGACAGCAACUCUGGUUCUUGCUCUUCCACUCCUUACGGCUAUUCGGGUGAGAUGUCUCCUCUUGAUGAGGAAGUCUCUCUCCAUUUCCGUGGUCCUCUCAAGCUCAAGCAGUUUGCUUUCUUCUCACCCAGCGCCGACUCUUCUGAAUCUUCCAAGAAGGCCAAGCGUAGCGCCAUGCACCGUCACAACCACGCCCACCAGCAUGCUCACAAGCACAAGCGUGACGAAGAUGUUGAGAAGCGCGGUGUUGGCGAUUGGGUGACCGCCGUAAUCGAUGGACAGACCGUUUCCUGGAUCAACGAGUGGUCUGGCGUUGCUACUACUGCUGCCGCUGCUCCUGCAGCCACCACUUCUGCUGCUGCCGCUCCUGCAAGCACCGAGUCUGCUUCAGCUGGCUUCUUGAACAAGCUCCUGAAGGUCAACGCUCCUGCCGCAUACAGCUCCAGUGCUUCCAGCUCCAGCUCUGCCGUCGUCGCAUCGGCCUCCUCCAGCUCCUCAUCCCAGUCGUCCUCCGCUUCUGCCUCUGCUUCCUCUGGCAGCUCUGGGUCCUGGGGUCGCAAGGCUUACUACAACUCUGAGGCCGGCUCCGUAGACAAUGUCGUUUUCCUGAACCACAAUGGUGGCCAGGGCUCGGGUGUCUUCGACUACACUUUCGGCAACUCGCUCUCAUACUCUAACAGCCAGGGCAACGCUGGUGCCUCCUCCCCUCAGGUCCUCGCUGACACUCAGCUGGCCUCCAACGACGAGGUCAUCAUCAUGUCUGACAAGGAGUGUGAUGGUGGUGACUGUGGCUACGUCCGUGACGGCCAAGUUGCUUACCACGGUUUCGCUGGCGCCCAGAAGGCUUUCUUCUUCGAGUUCGAGAUGCCUCUUGAUGGUAACACUGAUGCUGCUACCAACGGUGACAUGCCCGCCAUCUGGAUGCUCAACGCUCAGAUCCCUCGCACUCUCCAGUACGGCCAGGCUGAUUGCUCUUGCUGGACGACCGGUUGCGGUGAGUUCGACAUCUUCGAGGUCCUUGCUCCUGGUGAUCUCCGCUGCAAGUCUACUCUUCACAGCAACAUCAAGGGUGGCAACUCGGACUACUUCAAGCGUCCCAUCUCUGGCAGCAUGAAGGCCAUGGUCCUCCUCAACGGCGAGAACAUGCACAUCAAGGUCCUCGACAACGACUACCAAGUCCCCACCAGCAUCGAUGCUUCAUGGAUCUCCAAUCAAUGCGAGACCAGCUUGAUCCAGAACACCUUGAACUCCCUCUUCGCCUUGGUGUCGUAA